AUGGCCACCGUUUACAACACAGUCUCAACCUCCCCGCUUGUAGGCACCGACGACGGCCACCAAUCUCUCCAACAAACCGUCCUACGCUGUAGACAAAGCGGCGAAACCCCGGAGUGCGAAUGCCACUCUACACACUAUAGCGAGAGCGACAUCCGCCGAUCCAUCUUCAGCGUGGAUUCGAGGGAUCUCCUCAAAUCAGUCAAGUCAUUCCCGUUUGUCGUCGAGAAGUCCCUCACCGGAGUCGGCGAGAUACGGUUGGAGCUAUGGAACACCAGCGCCAGAAGCCUUAGCAGCUGCCACCUAAGGUUGAUCGUCCGGCUCGAAAGGGUCCAGGUCAAAUCCGAGGACGGGGAAUACCCUGAUCCUCUCUUGGAAGUCCUCGAGGCGGCCCUGAGCGACACCGAUGGUGAGGCCAUUAAGGCCCAGCUCUACAAGGGCGCGGCAGGCAGCUGUGAUGAUGCCGUGGAACUCCUGUACGACGUCAUCUUCCAUCUUCUUGGGGACAAACCAUAA